UGGUAACAUGGCAGCCUCCUGAAGGAAAGCGAGACAAAAUGUCAAACCCGGCUGUGGGCUGUUUAUAAACUGUGUUUCUGUGGAUUAUCAUCAUCAUCAUCAUCAUCAUUAUUGUUAUUAGGAAUUAUAUUAUUAUCAGUGUGUGUGUGUGUAUAAAACAUGAGUGUAAGAGCGAUGUUGAGCCGCUCGUGCCGGAGGAUGAAGCCUGAAGGUGAGCUGUUGCACCGCUGUCUGUCUCUCAGCUCGGGCGCGCGCGGUAAAGCUCUGCCCCGCAGGAGGCCUCGCGAGGUUCCGGAGAUUCUCGGGCUCGAGCGCGUCACGUACGCCGGGAGGCAGCACUUCGUCCCCGGUCUGAGCAAACCGGCGAUACCGGACUGGACCCGGGACUGGCACGACCCGCACCGAUACACAGCUCCUGCAGCACACAGCAUGGAUCUGUACACACACACACCGUGUUACAUCUACACUCAGAGGACCAACCCGCUGGAGGGUGUGAGACAGGCGUUGUGGCUGACUAAGACUAAGCUCAUCCCGGGUUUUCCCGCUCAGCUCCUGGCGUUAGCUGAGAAUCCGUCCAAUCAGCUGCAGGAUCAGGACGAUCGCGUGCAGGACGCCAUCAGACACGCCCGCUUCUGGGACACCAACCAAUCCCGUCCUCCUAAAGAGCGAUACUGUCCGUCCCUGUUACACAACCUGCUCCACCUGUGCCGAGGACUGCAGGUCUCUCAUCCGGCGCUCGCUCACAGGAUGCUGGCUGAGAACUACGUCCUGUCGGCCAGCUGGACCAGAGGUGAGGAUCAGUUUCAGGUGCGAGGGCAGAACGGCUCCCUGUUGAGCAGCACGACUCCGCUUCCUGCUUUGGCCGGAGACGAGGAGAUCCGAGCCACGUCCAAUAACGUCCUGGAGACCUUCUACCCCAUCUCUCCCACCAUCGACCUGCAGUGCACCAACGUCUACCAGCUUCUAAACCACACGGGUUUCAGAGAGGAUUACCCGUACCCUCAUGCUCACACACUCUUCAUAACGGAAGCUGGAGACACGCCCAAACUCCAGCCCGAGCAGCUGAGAGCUAAACUGCUCAUGUUUGCGUUCGGGAACGCCCUGGCUCGCGCCCGCGCCCUGUAUGGGGACGAGUCCCGGGUUCUGGAGAAGCCCAUCGUCGUGCAGAGCGUCGGCACCAACGGCCGUAUCUUCCAUUUCGUGGUUUUCCAGCUGAACACCACGGAGCUGACGUCAGACAGCGGCGUGAAGAACCUGGCCUGGAUCGACGGCGAUCAGCCGCUCUACGACUUCGCCAAGGUCCGGCCUUUCAUCAAGAAGAAGGUGGUGAGGGUUCCUGCUGGUUUGUCCGGAUAUCAGCCUGAAACCUUCAAGAAAUUCCUGGCGCUCUACCUGCACGGAGCCGCAACCUGAAACCGAGCGCCUGCUGUUUGUGUUUUCUCCUGUAGGUUUAAUAUUUCACUGUAAUGUACAAUAACAAGAACAGAAUAAAAGAAUAAACCAAA